UGUUCAAGUGAGCCCAGUAUGGUGUUUGAAGCGGCAGCAUGACCGAAACUGGAUACAGUUUGUGAAGUUGUUACAGGUUACAUUUGAUUUGUAGCAAUUGUAGAGUAACAUUGCAGAACAAUUGAUUAUAGCCUACAUGUAAACGACAAGGAAGAGGAGCUUUCACCGCUGAGAGGGCAAUAGUGAUUUCUGACUGGUAGAGUAGACGUAGCCUAUCACGUCAAUCCUACCUGAAUUCAUUGCAAACAAACUGCCCAAGUCUAUUCAGCCUCUUUCCUCACAAGUCCACCAUGCCGAUUGAAUUGGGCAUGCCGCUCUACCUGUCAAACGACGACUUCUGCUACAGGAGGACCCCAAAAUCACUGCAAUCACUACGACCCUGCCUGAAGCCCUGCAUGCGGUUCAAACCCUCUGCCCCUCCUAUGCAGACUGAAGCAGAUUUGCUUAAUGAGAAGAAUGGGAAAUCUAAAAGGCGAGUGUCCUUCGCCGACCACAAGGGCCUGGCCCUCACCAAGGUGAAGUUAUUUUCUCAUUUUGACACUAUUGACAUCCCACUCAACAUCACAAAGCUGUUCAGCUCUUCGCUCACGUUACCAUAUGAGGAGGACAGACUGGUACUGGACUUCACCCAGCCCUCCUCUGAUUACCUGCUGUUCCGCCAGCGUCUGGAGACUGAGCUCGUCUGCCUAGAGCACUGCAUGCUGAAAGAGAAGGCACUGGCUGGAACCGUGAAGGUCAAAAACCUGUCCUUUGAGAAGUCUGUCAAGGUGCGUGUGACCUUUGACACUUGGAAAAGCUACACGGACUUGGAGUGCCAGUACUUGAAGGACACCUACACAGGCUCAGACCGUGACACCUUUUCCUUCGAGGUUUCCCUUCCAGCUGAGCUGAGGCCACACAAGCACAUAGAGUUUGCCAUCUGCUACAAAGUCAAUGGCCAGACAUACUGGGACGGUAACCAGGGCCGAAACUACAGGAUCAUCUGGUCUGCUCUGAAGAUGGACGGCCAGGGCAGCUUCAGCAGUAACCAGCAGAGCCGCUCGUUUGAUCUUGGAAUUCACUUCGAUCUCUACGGAAGUUCCAGGUGCUCCCAUGGGAUGUUCCCAGAGUGGCCAAGUUAUGCAGGAUAUGAGGAUAUUAGACCUUACUACUGAAAAGCAGUCAUCCUUAGAGUAAAGUGUUUUUUGUUCAGAGAAAGGGCUCUUCCUGAAAAUGAGUGAUUUUCGAAAGAAAUUGAACCACAGAUGGCCAGUCUAGCCAUGCUCGGGGGAAUAAUAAUAAUAAUAAUAAUAAUAUUAAUAAUAAUAAUAAAAAUAGCAAAAAGAAAAAAAGAAAGGGGGUGUUAUACAGAUGGAGGUUUUGGGAUGGGGGUUGUAUUCUCUGUGGAUGAUCAGAACUUGAAUAUUCAGAUGUGACAUUUACUGAUUGCAUAGCAGGUUUAAUAAACAGGAAUAUCUCAGUGUAGAUGUUUACUGAACUAAGAGAAAAACGUAAUUACCAUCUAGCUUUUGUACUUGAGUGGGUCCUGGAAUGAUUGGAUCCCUUGAUAAAGAUUAGCAAAAAAGACUGUAUAAAAACAAAAAAUACAAAAACUGAGCUCUAUGCUAUAU